UGGCCAUGAGCUGUGCUACUGCUAUUAACAACCUCAGUGUCCCAAACUGAAUAACCACAGAGAACCCCCAGGAGCUCUGGACACUCGUGUUCUUUAGUAGUAGGAGCAGCUUAAUGUCGACAGUAUGGGGCAUCAGGUGAUAAUAUUUGACUUUUCUGUCAUAAGAGGACUGUGGGAAACUCGAGUUAAGAAGAACAAAGAACGUCAGAGGAAGGAGAAAGAAAGAUUAGAAAAAAGUGCAUUGGAGAGGAUAAAACAGGAAUGGACUUUGAUACUAGAGUGCCGUAAGAAAGGUAUUCCUCAAUCAAAAUACCUCAAAAAUGGCUUUGUAGACACCAGUGAGAAGAACCUGGACACUUCUGGAAAGAAUCCUCAGCUCCAGAAAAGACAUGCUUUGUCGGAUGAAGUGAAUAAGGAAAGAAACAAGUUUAUUUUCCAGCUUUCUGGAGAGCAAUGGACGGAGCUCCCAGAUUCUCUGAAAGAACAGACUUAUCUGAAAGAAUGGCACGUGAACAAUACAUUGAUACAAACCAUUCCAGCCUACAUUGCAUUAUUUCAGGAUCUGAGAGUACUGGAAUUGUCAAAAAAUCAAAUCCACCAUCUCCCAGCGGAGAUUGGUAAGUCACCUCAAAUCUUCAAUGGCAACCUCUCCUAUCAUGUGUCUCAAGUGAAUGGAACAGAAGUGUCUAGAUUUGUGAGUCUCAAGAAUAGUCCUGUUGAAACUAUUGUAUGUGAAGACACUGAAGAAAUUAUAGAAACGGAACGCGAACGUGAGCAAGUUGAGAAAGAGUUUAUGAAGGCAUACAUUGAAGACCUAAAGGAAAGGGAGUCUACUCCUUCCUACACUACGAAAGUAUUGCUCAGUCUUCAGCUCUGAAGAUCAAAAACCUCUAAAUCUCUAGUAGAUGUCUGAAUAACUCUCUUUUUAUCCACCUGAAUAAUAAAUACUGGAAAAUAUAAAUGGCCAGAAUCACAUAAAAAUCAUAACAAAUUAUUUAUUUAUUACUGUAGUUGUUACCACUAACUACAGAUAAAAUCAAAGGGCAGUAGAGCCUUCACAAGAUGCUGUUUCACAUUUUAAGUCAACAUAUUUAUUUUCAAGUUCAACAGCAGCAGUCACUAAUUUGCAUAUAGACCUGCUGAAAGUAAGUAUUCACUCUGAUAAAAUACAAACAGGCAUAGUUGAAUGAUGAAGACAUUCUGUGUUACAGUUGAAACAUUGCAACAUAAAACACGAUCUUAUAAAGAGAAUUGAUUUUAUAAAAGGGGAUAGACUAAUUUAGAAAAUGAAUGUGACCUGUUGGUUUUUUAAGACCAAAUAACACAUUUAGUUAUUUACAAUAUUCGAAGCGAGAACACACCCAUAGUUAUUUGCAUUUACUUUCUGUUCUGCAAGAAAAUUGUCCUUCUUUUUUAAAAAGUUCACUUUUUAAAGUUUCAACAACUUUUUGCAUAGAAGGUUAUAGCAGUUUUCCUGUUUUUUUUGUUUUUUUUUUUUUUUUUCCAGCAUAUUGUAAGAUUUUACUUGUUUGCAAAUUCAAGUACCAAUGUAAU